AUGCCGUCACAGUCCACGAUCAGCCGCUACUUCCUCACUUUGGACAUCGCCCUUCUGAAGGAGGACCAGCGCAGAUUCUCGUCGUUCACGGAUGGUUCGAACCCUGCAGGUGCUGGUGUGGAGUAUGCCCUCGCGGACGCCAGCCCGCUCCUCGGAGUGGACUGGCUCCUCUCGGAGACGUUCCGCUGUGCUGACCCGACCCGAGCUUUCGACAUCUGCAAAGAGCUGCAGCACCACCGCCAAGAUGCAGUCGACCUGGCCCGCGGCGCUUUGAUUCUUGAGGAUAUCGACGAGGAGCGGCUUACGGAUAUCCAAGCUGCGUCGAGGCAGUACCAAAGUCUCACGAAGGAGCUCACGAACUUGUGGGAGCACCACCAGCUCACCGCAGUAGGAUUAGGCAGCCAGGCCACCAACGUGCAAGACAAGAUGCACGCGAUCAUGCACUCCUUCCGCCUCUCGGCCACCGACUGGGUGUCGUGCCAACGCCGGACGCAACGUAUAGUAUCAUUUACGACUGACAUGGGCACUGAGGCAAAACUUUCCAGCGCCAUUGCUGCGAACGUGUCGGAGGUAUUCCCCCACUGGGUCGACGUGAACAUCGAAGCCGACGACGGGCGAUUGGGCCUGGGCGGCGCGCCGCAUGGCGACGGUGACUGCGAUGCCGACCUUGACCUUGCUGGUGGCUUGCACGUUUCGGACGACCUCGGGGCUGUACCAGCACCGCAUGUUGAACCCCUUGAUGUUGCAGACUCCUUCCUCGAGGCCUUCGGGGACGCUGUGGAUGACGACGGCAUGAUCGGAAUCGAGCAGG